CAGUCAAAACAUCCAAGCACCAGCUUCUCAGCAUACCUUAAAAGCUUACCUCUUACUGGCUCUUCAAUUUACGCAAACAGGUCAUCAUGUCAUCCAAAGCGCGUGAGCUCUUGCGCAAGUUCACAUCGUGCGACAUCGGAGAUGCCUUAGUUAAGCUCAAGCAUCCCAGAGGAGGCUUCCUCGAUGGCAUAAAAUUGCGGUCUGUGGACUCGCAGACUCGUAUUUUUGGCCCCGCUGUCACUGUCAAGAUGGUUGAGGCAAAUGAUACAAAAGCACCUAAGCUUGACAAGCACUUCGUCGACCAUAAUGUGAAAGGUGGAGUCAUGUAUAUCCAUCAGCCACCUACAGUUGCCUCGGCUUGCUGGGGUGGUCUCAUGUCCACUCGUGCUCAGUAUCUGGGUGCUGAAGGCGUGGUUAUCAAUGGAAGAAUGAGGGAUAUUAACGAACAUAGACAGUUCAAGUUUCCUGUAUUCUCGAGAGGGCAAUCUAUCUUGGGAUCUAAUACUUUCACCAGGGCCUCGGAAAUCGAUGUUCCGCUCCAGUUCAACGGCGAUCUGUGGAUUAACCCGGGUGAUAUCUUGGUUGGAGACGCUGAUGGUGUUGUAUCGGUUCCUCCGUCUCUGAUAGAGCAAGUCGUGGCUUUGUGUCAAGAGCGAGCCGAGAUUGAUGAGAAGAUGUUUGCAAAGCUUCGUAAAGGUGCGGCCAUGGGGGAUCUGAUCCGUACUAUUCGAAAGGAUAAAUAGAUUCCGACAUGAUAAAUUGAUCAUUGCUGCAACGAAUCGCCAGACACAAUAUAUAUUCACUGAUCUACACUUCGCAGUAAUACUAGAUGGUGUCC